AUGUGUAAAUGUACUGUAUUAGUUAAUGUUGCACUUUUGUUUUUAAUAAAUGCUUCGAGAGCUUGUAUCCAUGAACCCUGUGACAGACAAGCAAAUGAAAGGAUUCUGGGAGGCGAUAUGAGUCAGCGCAAUUCUAGGCCAUUUCAAGUAGCUCUAUAUCUACGCGUGGGCGCGUUAGGUGAAAUAGGAUUUUGCGGCGGGUCUCUAAUACACCAGCAGUGGAUCCUGACCGCCGCGCACUGCUGCUUCCACGGAGAAGACGAAGUGACACAUGCGCAGGCUGUGCUAGGAGCCUACUCCCUGUACGAUCGUUAUGAAAACGGGCGUCGUAUGAUCACCAUUGAUGAAAUCAUCGUACAUCCGAAUUGGGACUCGAGCACUUUCGCUAACGAUCUCGCCCUGUUAAGAUUGGCGAAUGUGGUGCAAAGUUCCGAAACAAUUGGUAUCGUCCGCUUGCCGUAUCUAGACAUGGUUGCAUCCAACUUUGCUGGUCUCGGCGCUAUCAUAUCUGGGUGGGGAAUUGCAACCGACGGGGUCACAUUUGUAUCACCGACUCUUCGAGAACUGUUGAUGACAGUGAUAACCGACCCUCUUUGCAAUACUACUUACUUCAACAAUUUGCCACCUAACGUUAUAUGUGGGUUCAGUACAUCUUCUGGUACUUGUAAGGGUGACAAUGGCGGGCCUAUGACGAUAUUUUCAACUGCAACGCAAGAGACAAUAUUGGUGGGUGUAGCAACAUUUGUAUCAUCAAGUGGAUGUAAUAACAACCUGCCGUCCGUGUUUACUCGCGUGCAGCUCCACUUGGACUGGAUCCAAGACGUCACAGGGAUUGUUCUCGAUAUGCGUAGUUUCAUAAUUUUUGGACUUAGUUUGGUGGCAGUGGCUUCGGCCACUGUUGAGGUGCAAAUUAAUUACCACGAGGCCAUCGGUAUCCCAGCAGCGACCAGGAUAAAGGAAGCCGAAGACAAGAUCUUAGCGAACAUAGCAAAUGAUGAAGACCGAAUUAUUGGUGGCGUUAUAGCGCAACCUAGUGCGCACCCUUAUAUGGCUGGUUUGGUCAUCAGCUUCUUUAACACCAAUGCCAGAUCCGCCUGUGGCGCAUCAUUAAUUAGCACGAAUCGACUGGUGACUGCCGCCCAUUGUUGGGACGCUCCGGGCCAAUUGUUUGUUAGCGAAUUCACAGUAGUGCUGGGAUCCAACUUCUUGUUCAGCGGAGGCACUAGAAUAGCAACGUCUAACGUCGCAGUCCAUCCUGAUUGGUUUCCUACAUUUUUGAGAAAUGACGUUGCGGUUAUCUAUUUACCGUUUAGUGUUACACUCACAAAUUUAAUUCAACCAAUUGACCUACCUUUCAACCAUUUGUGGGAGACUUUUGUCGGGGAAUAUGCCACGGCUGUUGGGUUUGGAAUAACAAGUGACGCCCAGGUAGGUGUGUCUGCGAAUGCUGUAUCGAGACAGGUCGACCUGCGAGUGAUAACAGUGGCACAGUGCGCGGCCGUGUUCGGCAACAAUUUUGUCCAACAGAGCACUCUCUGUACAGCCGGCACCGGACGUGUUGGUAUUUGUGGAGGCGACUCAGGUGGUCCACUCGUUGUCAACCGUAACGGCCGGAAUAUUUUGAUUGGUAUUAGUUCAUUUGUUGCUGCUAACAACUGUGAGGGUGGCCAUCCUUCCGCCUUCGCCAGAGUUACCUCGUUCUACGACUUCAUUUUCCAGCACAUGUAUUAACUUUUAUUAAAAUGCUUAUUUUGA